GUGGAAUCUCGCCGGCAGCUCCCCGAGCGGGACUCGCGGAGCGGCACUGGGCAUGCUCAGUUGCCGGAGCCCGUCUUGGUCUCAAGUAGGAAGCUCGUGCGCUGCACCCGCAGCUGAUCGUGGCGCUCCGGGCAGGGCGAGACUGGAGCAGAGCUGCCGGGUGCCGGAGCCGAGGAGAGCGCCGCGCGCACCACCGGUUGGAGCUGCCGUGGGUGAGCUGCUGCCGUCCGUAGCCAAGCAUGCUGUGGUCGGAUCUGCCCAGCCGUGGAUCAGAAACCUUUGCUGGAUGGAAAAUCCAUAAAAGAAAGCUCCUGUGAGAGCCUGAGACAGACGCUAACUUCAGCCAAAUCAGGGGAAGGAACCUGAGGAAAAACAGUGUUUGUGGUGGUGACUGCUUGCUAAGGGUCUCCUUGGGCUGCCUCACCUCACUGAGUGAUUGCUAUUAAUGAACCAGAUUUGUGGGAAAAGGGAACUUGCCUUCUGAGCUUUGUACCAAAGACCUGGGAAAACUUAACCAUCUGUCUUUCCUGAGUACUUGGAAACUGCCAGGGCCCCUGAUAAUGUGCUGACUGGUCGCUAUGGGCAGACGGUACCCAGAGGCUCCCUGUCAUCCAGGCAGCUCAUAUUUCAAAUUAUAACCUGUUUCCUGAGCCGUUGCUGACGUCCAGCGAUCCAUGUCAGAAGUACUUCCAGCGGACUCAGGUGUAGACACUUUGGCAGUGUUUAUGGCCAGCAGCGGAACCACAGACGUCACGAAUCGGAACAGUCCAGCCACACCACCAAACACCCUUAAUCUCCGUUCCUCCCACAAUGAACUGUUGAACGCUGAAAUCAAACACACCGAAACCAAGAACAGCACACCCCCCAAGUGCAGGAAAAAAUAUGCAUUAACUAACAUCCAGGCGGCAAUGGGCCUCUCGGAUCCGGCUGCACAGCCCCUGCUGGGAAAUGGCUCUGCCAACAUCAAGCUGGUGAAGAAUGGGGAGAACCAGCUCCGGAAGGCUGCAGAGCAAGGGCAGCAGGACCCCAACAAAAACGUCAGCCCCACUGCAGUCAUCAACAUAACUUCUGAGAAGUUGGAGGGUAAGGAGCCCCACGCACAGGAGUCCUCGGGCUGUGAGAUUUUACCCUCCCAGCCCCGGAGAACCAAGAGCUUCCUGAAUUACUAUGCAGACCUGGAAACCUCAGCCAGGGACCUUGAGCAGACCUCGGGCAACCAGCACGGGGCCGUGGAAGAGAAUUCCCAGCCGGGCCAAGGCCAGGCCUCCACCGUCCUUGGGAAUGGCGCUUUGCUGCUGCAGAAACCAAACAAGCCCCAGUUCAGCCCCGAGGAUGGCCACCUAGCCACGGUGUCCUCCAGCCCGGAGACCAAGAAGGAUCACCCGAAGACGGGGGCCAAAACCGAUUGCGCGCUGCACCGGAUCCAGAACCUGGCGCCGAGUGACGAGGAGUCCAGCUGGACGACACUGUCCCAAGACAGCGCCUCCCCCAGCUCCCCGGAUGAGACAGCAGAUGUAUGGAGCGAUCACUCCUUUCAGACCGAUCCAGAUUUGCCGCCGGGCUGGAAGAGAAUCAAUGACAUCGCUGGGACCUACUAUUGGCACAUACCCACAGGGACAACUCAGUGGGAACGCCCUGUCUCCAUCCCAGCAGAUCUUCAGGGUUCUAGGAAAGGGUCCCUUAGUUCUGUAACGCCAUCUCCCACCCCAGAGAACGAGAAACAGCCAUGGAGUGAUUUUGCUGUUCUGAAUGGGGGAAAGAUUAAUAGUGACAUUUGGAAGGAUUUGCAUGCAGCCACAGUCAACCCGGACCCCAGUUUAAAGGAAUUUGAAGGAGCCACACUGCGUUACGCAUCCUUGAAACUCAGAAAUGCCCCACUUGCUGAUGAUGAUGAUUCUUGUAGCAUCAACAGUGACCCAGAAGCCAAGUGUUUCGCUGUGCGCUCUCUGGGGUGGGUGGAAAUGGCAGAGGAGGACCUGGCCCCUGGCAAGAGCAGUGUUGCCGUCAACAACUGCAUCAGGCAGCUUUCCUACUGCAAAAAUGACAUCCGAGAUACAGUUGGCAUCUGGGGAGAGGGGAAGGACAUGUACCUGGUCCUGGAGAAUGACACGCUCAGCCUGGUGGACCCCAUGGACCACAGCGUGCUCCACGCGCAGCCCAUCGUCAGCAUCCGCGUGUGGGGCGUGGGCCGCGACAAUGGCCGAGAUUUUGCUUAUGUAGCGAGAGACAAAGAUACAAGAAUUUUGAAAUGUCAUGUAUUUCGAUGUGACACACCAGCAAAAGCCAUUGCCACAAGCCUCCACGAGAUCUGUUCCAAGAUUAUGGCCGAACGGAAGAACGCCAAAGCCCUGGCCUGCAGUUCCCUCCAGGAAAGGCCCGCCGUGAACCUCGACGUCCCCCUGCAAGUAGAUUUUCCAACACCAAAGACUGAGCUGGUCCAGAAGUUCCGUGUGCAGUACCUGGGCAUGCUGCCUGUAGACAAACCAGUCGGAAUGGACACCCUGAACAAUGCCAUAGAAAGUCUUAUGACCUCGUCCAGCAAGGAGGACUGGCCGUCCGUGAACAUGAAUGUGGCCGAUGCUACUGUGACUGUCAUCAGUGAGAAGCCGCUCCAAGCGGAUUCUCCAUGUGCCGCGGGGUCCGAAGAUCCGAACGUGUCUGGGCCCGUGGCCGGGCCUUGCAGAGAGCAGGCUGCUGAAGAGCGUCUCUUGCAGAAUGAAAAGGAAGUCCUGGUGGAGUGUCGGGUGCGAUUCCUGUCCUUCAUGGGCGUCGGGAAGGACGUGCACACGUUUGCCUUCAUCAUGGACACUGGGAACCAGCACUUUGAGUGCCACGUUUUCUGGUGCGAGCCUAACGCCGCGAACGUGUCAGAGGCCGUGCAGGCCGCCUGCAUGUUACGAUACCAGAAGUGCUUGGUAGCCAGGCCGCCUUCACAGAAAGUCCGACCACCUCCUCCGCCAGCAGACUCAGUGACCAGAAGAGUCACAACCAAUGUAAAACGAGGGGUCUUAUCCCUCAUUGACACUUUGAAACAGAAACGCCCAGUCACAGAAACACCAUAGCUGCAGAUGUGAAAGGACUCUGUUACUGAAGACUGAAUAGCUACACUAAAGAAAAGGAGCUGAUCUCUGGCCUUCCAUUCAGUUGCUGAUGCUUUGUCUUCAGAGAAUUUAUCCUUAACCCAACAGUGUUAGACAAGCAUGUUCUCUCGUCUUGCCACCAUCGUGUGAUAUGAAAAGAAGCAUGACUAAUUUUUUUUGCUGUCAGUAAGUUACACCAUGAGCAGUGGAAGGUCUCUCUCUUAUUGUAAAUAUCGUGAACAGUAUGUACCUUCACAUCCACAGGAAGAAUGUGGCCACACCCCUCCCAGUGAGACGCCGAGUCCUUGGAGUGAAUGAAUGCCGCCUGAGUUAGUUUCACUGUCUCUUGACUGGAUGUGUCACAAGCAACUUUUACGUCCUAAAGCACUUUGCCCUGCUUCCAACAUUGGAGUAAAUACUGUAUACCGGACACUAUUGAAUUGCUGUAAAAAUAGGAUGAUGAGUUUUUGUUUUAGUUUUUCAUGAAAUCAAACCUUUGGUUGACACCAUUUUUGGCUGUUGGCAUCAGUAUAGAAACCGACUGGCAGCUUUUCUUGACGAGCUCUUUGACACAUGGACACCAUUUCAUGUCUACAGCUGUUUGUGGGAUGUGGGGAAAAAAAAAAAAGGGAAGCUUCAAAAUUGAAAAACUAAAUUUCAGAAAUUAAAAUCGAACAAAAAUAGCCUUUCUGUUCAGAUGGUUUUCAAACCGAUUGUUAAGAAAGAGAUUAACAAAAUCAUAAUGCAUCUUGGGUGGGACAUAUUUCAAACUUCUGCCUUAUAUUGUACAAUACAGCUAGAGAAUUAUAGUUCACUAUGGCCAUUCUCUACAUAAACAACAUUAAAAUGAAAUAUUCCUCGUAAGCCUUUCAUCCUUAGUUUGAUCAUCAGUCAAUAUGCAAUUUGGAGUUGAGGAAACGUCCUUUAUAUCUUAGACCGCUACCACGCUGUUUUUUUCCACCUCCUCGGGAAACGUUCUGCUAGGAUUCUGCACCUAGCUCAGUGCUACCCUAAUGCUUUUUGCCCAGAAAGCUGUCUGUCCAUCAUGCAUAGUCCAUGGCAACAAAUUUCAUUAACUUGAAUGUUUCUGAAUUUAUGUACUUAGUACUAAAAUUUGUUGGACUCUAGAUGUAUUUUUAAAUUUAUAUUUUUCCCAUUUAUUUUCAAAAUUAAAAAAUUUCAUAACAGAGCCAAAUAUGCAUAGGAACAAUGGACUAUUGAACAAAUUUCCCCAAAUAGCACUUUCCUGCUUCUCUAUCUACAGAUGAGAGACUUAGUUGUAAAGAUACAGAUUUAGACACUUGUCGACACUGCGUUUUUUAAAAGGACAUUGCUGAGAAGCUCAAUCCAAGCAUUAGUUUUUACUCUUCAAUGACAAAAUUAUCAUUAUUUAACAUCUAGUUAUAAAAGUAAUGCUUUAUGUUUAUCUUAUUGCUGUGUACUUGUCAAAAUGGUUUCCACAGUUUUAUCAUCACAUUGGAGCCUUAUAAGGUAGAGAAAGUACUAAAAACACAUUUGAGAAAUGAAAAAUAUGAAUGAAAGAGCCUCAGUCACCUAGCCUAAGAUCUCACAAGCGUUAGUGAGAAAGUCAGGACUAGGACCCAUGCUUCUUAACUCCCAGUUAGCAGUUAAGGCUGCUUCCAUGCCCGUCAGGAGGGGUCUUCCCAGAAUUACCCUUGGUCUAUCCAGUUAUUGUCAGGCAGUCUUAGGAUUCCCUAUUUAAGUAGGGAAGCAUGUCCAAAUGACUCACAGAGUGGUAUUAACGACCAAAUCACUGCCCUCGCUCAGCCCAGGACUGUUCUCCUGCAGUGUGUGUCUCGGAUGUGUUGCAGAGGACAGUACCGGUAGCACCGCCCGUUCGAUCCACAAGACCAUCCAGGGAUGAUGUUACCUGUGGUAGGAAUAUUCCGAACCCGUGAGACUUAGCCACCAGAGACCAUCGUGGAAUGAGUAGGUGGCCUCCUGCCUCUGUUCCCUCUCAGAAUUCUAGGAUUGUCUGCUAGCACCCUAGUGUUAGGACAAAAAAGAUGCCACUCUAAAAAUGAAUUACACUUCUCACCAGCCUAUAUACUAUUCUACUGAAGUAACCAGUGACAUCCUAAAGAAUUAUGCAUUAAGAAAAUCCUUACUGUGCCCUUUGAAAAGCUGUUCAAAAUCCAAUCAUGAUCUUUCAUCUCGAUAUCUACAGUGAAAUAUUUCAGUGUGAUAAGCUUCCAAAUUCUGAACAAGUGAUCCACUUUUAUAUUGCAAGUCUCUACCAGAACCCCAUUCAUUUUUUAAGGUGUACAUUUGUUUUCAAGAUCAAGAAUACUGAGCUAGCUUUAAGUAGCAAACUGAUUUAUAUAUGCAAUUAUACGAUGCAUUAAGAUGAAUGAUAGCCUUUACGUACUGAAAACUUUACUGCAGAUGUUUUGUUUUAAAGAUAGCUUUGCAUACUAAAUGCAAUUAAUUUUGUAAGAUUAAUUAUGUUAAGCCGUAUGUUCAGACACUUUCUGCCAUGGCCAAAAAGUAUGUAUGAAAGUACGUGUGUAUUUUCUGCGACAGGAUGCCGAUGUCCUACCUGAUUGUGUAGUGACACUUCAGUUAUCUAUGCAUUCUUUGUAUCUGUGAUUCGGUAAACAGGCAGCCAUGUUCACUAUGCCUUGUAUGUCCUAUCAUUUUUUAUUAACCUGUUAAAUACAGCUUAAAAUAUUUUUAUUUUAUUUAUUCUAUUUUUACUGAAAUAUACUGCAUUAUUGUGUUACUGUAUUUACUGGAUAUUAUCUCACAGUGUAUCCAGGUCUAAGUAAUCUCAGUGAACUAUACAUUGCCUAAAAGGUGGUUUUGUAAUGAUUUGUAGUCACAUUUUUAUUGGAAAAUGUAGAAGAAAAGGCAAAAUACUUAAAAAGUUCCUUUUAUUUUUUAAAAGCAGCUAGAUAGACGCAGACGUGCCACCUCAUAUGUGUGCUCCUUGGCCGCAUCAAGGGCACUAGCCAACAUGCCUAAACUAAAAACUUUACUUUGCAAACUUAAAGCACCGCUUUGUGCUUCGUUUUUAUAUUCUUCACAACACGUGCGAACUAAACUACGAGAUGUCCACAUGUCCACGUGCCCUUUGUUUCAACCUGGAUUUAUAAGCACCUAAUUUAGAACCAUUGUUUUUGUUUGUGUCUGUCUUACUGCAUGAAGGGACAUUAGACUCAUUUACAUUAAAAUAAGUUCUUGGUGAUAAACUGUUGGCACUGCUACUUUUUAAAAAAUUCCCACCUUAUGAUUUUAUGACAUUUGUGCAACGAUUCUACACAAGGUCAUUUAAUAGAAGCCCUAAAUCUUUCCUCCAUUUCUUAAAUGACACAGUCACUUAAGUACUGCAACACAAAUUCAAGAUUUCAUAAAUAAUGUGACAAACAUCUCCCUGAUGUUAGCACAACGUAACUAGUAAAACCAUUAGCUCUCUCAUUUGUCAGACUUGACUUAACCCAGUACACAGCUAACGUGUGUUAUGCAGCCAGUAAAAUGAGUUUAACUUAUUUCAGCUUCAGGGAAAAUAUAUUGCUCGUACUUUAUCAGUGAGAGCGCUCCCUGCCAUCCACAGCAGCUUGUUUAUCCCAAAAAGAACACUUGGUUUUGCUUUCUGCCCCUUUCGCUGUUGACCACUUUUAUAUAUUUAAAUGUAAUAUGAAGUGAGAAUAAACUUAGCUGCAUAAAAUG